UUAAGACGAAACCUAACUGGGUGAAUGAGUGGUCUAAAAGUGGGUCUAAAGAGAAUCCUCUCCUAUAAAAUGGCAGUGUGGGCGAGGAGGAGAGCAUUGGAAGGCGUCUUCGUAAACGCCAGCCGUCCCUUCAACUCUCUCUUCUCCUCCUCUUCUAGAUUUUUUUGGUUUUUGUAGGAAUUCGAAGAUGAGGGAGUGCAUCUCGAUCCACAUCGGCCAGGCCGGGAUCCAGGUCGGCAAUGCCUGCUGGGAACUUUACUGCCUCGAGCACGGAAUCCAGCCUGAUGGACAAAUGCCCAGUGACAAGACUGUUGGUGGAGGUGAUGAUGCAUUCAACACAUUCUUCAGUGAGACUGGUGCCGGAAAGCACGUUCCCCGUGCUGUUUUUGUUGAUCUUGAGCCUACCGUGAUCGAUGAGGUGAGGACCGGAACAUUCCGCCAGCUCUUCCACCCCGAACAGCUCAUUAAUGGCAAAGAAGAUGCUGCUAACAACUUUGCCCGUGGCCACUACACCAUUGGCAAGGAGAUUGUUGAUCUCUGCCUUGAUCGCAUUCGGAAGCUAGCUGACAACUGCACCGGCCUCCAAGGCUUCCUUGUCUUCAAUGCUGUUGGUGGAGGGACUGGCUCGGGCCUUGGCUCUCUUCUCCUCGAGCGCUUAUCUGUUGACUACGGCAAGAAGUCAAAGCUCGGGUUCACGGUGUACCCUUCACCCCAGGUCUCCACCUCUGUUGUUGAGCCAUACAACAGUGUUCUGUCAACCCACUCCCUCCUCGAGCACACUGAUGUUGCUGUUCUUCUCGACAAUGAGGCCAUCUAUGACAUCUGCAGGCGCUCUCUUGACAUUGAACGCCCCACCUACACCAACCUCAAUCGCCUGGUCUCUCAGGUGAUUUCUUCUCUGACUGCCUCCUUGAGGUUUGAUGGUGCCCUGAAUGUUGAUGUCACAGAGUUCCAGACCAAUCUGGUUCCUUACCCAAGGAUUCACUUCAUGCUUUCCUCCUAUGCUCCUGUCAUCUCUGCUGAGAAGGCCUACCAUGAGCAGCUUUCUGUCGCUGAGAUCACUAACAGUGCCUUUGAGCCUUCUUCCAUGAUGGCCAAGUGUGACCCACGUCAUGGUAAGUACAUGGCUUGCUGCCUCAUGUACCGUGGUGAUGUUGUGCCCAAGGAUGUGAAUGCUGCAGUUGCCACAAUCAAGACGAAGCGCACCAUCCAGUUUGUCGACUGGUGCCCUACUGGCUUCAAAUGUGGUAUCAACUACCAGCCACCCACCGUGGUUCCUGGUGGCGAUCUUGCCAAAGUGCAGAGGGCGGUGUGCAUGAUCUCCAACUCCACCAGUGUUGCUGAAGUAUUCUCUCGCAUUGAUCACAAGUUCGAUCUCAUGUAUGCUAAGCGUGCAUUUGUGCACUGGUAUGUUGGUGAGGGCAUGGAGGAGGGAGAGUUCUCUGAGGCUCGCGAGGAUCUUGCUGCACUGGAGAAGGAUUAUGAAGAGGUUGGUGCCGAGGCUGCUGAGGAUGAGGAUGGUGAUGAAGGCGAUGAGUAUUAAAGGCUACUUCCUCUCUGUGUUUCUUCAUUGAAUCUUUGUUCUUCAUUGGUGUCUAGGUUCUCUGUGUAGUAGCAUGUCUUCUGGUUAUGUUCCUUGUUUGUGCUGAAAACUAAACCCUGUGCCUUAGGAUGUCGUCCGGUUUUCCGGCUUGUUGCGUGAAUGAUAUUAGUGUAGCAGUUGCUGCUUGCUGUUUUCGUGAACUUUUAUCAUGAUAAUGUCACGGCUUCUGCUAUAUAAAGUCAAUCAAUUUCGGUUAUGUCAA